GAGCAGGAGACAGGCAGACGGAGCAGACGGGAGGAGGGCGUGUGCUAAAGGAGAGGAAAGAGAGAGGUAGAGUGAGGGAGUGAAGCCGGGCGAGAGGGAGAGGAGGAUUGAGAAACUCUACACACGUAGAGAAAAGAAGCCACGCUGAGACUCCGUAUUCGACUAAACAGCCCAGAUCAGAGAGAGAAACUACAGUGAGAGGUUUUCACUCAGAAGUGAGGAGAACCGGCACACAAUGCUAUGAGUCCAUCUGAAUCCGCCUCAUCAAUCAAGCCGUCCUGUAUGUACUCAGCUGCUGCUGCUAAGACCACGACGCCCACCUGCCUUCUCCAGAUGCCCCAGGAAUUAUGGGUAGUGUCAGCAGUCUGAUAUCGGGCCACAGCCUCCACACUAAACACUGCAGGGCUUCAGAGCCCAGGCUGAAGAAGAACUGCAGGAAGGCCGGCCGGAGCCUGGACGGCCUGCUCAAGCAUGGCUUCGCUGACCACACUGCCUCCAACAACAACUCAAAGACCGGCUACAGGUCCGGCAAGAGCGAAGACUUCUUCUACAUCAAGGUGAGCCACAAACCCAGAGCGGCUGAACCCGACCCGAAAAGAGGAGCAACGCCGGAACUGGAGAAGGGUGCAGAAAAGUCCUUGAUCCGUCCCACAGCCUUCAAGCCAGUUUUACCCCGCAGCAGCAGCUCCUCAGUGGAGACCCACAACAACCUGAGCACCAUCCUGGGGUCGAGGAUCAGCCCCAUCGACCGGCCCAAAGACGCACAGGACCCAAAACAGGAGAACAGCUCAGGAACUCUUUCCGACUCAGGCAGGAACUCCAUGUCCAGUCUUCCAACCCACAGCACCAGCGGCAGCAGCCAGACGGAACAUCUAAGCACAUCUACUGGUCAUCUGCUGCGUUAUGGAGGCUCCUCGCCAAACUCAGGCUUGGUAAAUGGGAACUCUGGAUCCAGCUGGGCGGACAGUGGAGGUAAUGCGGUCAAUGGGCAUAACUGGGCCAAUGGCAGUGGUGGUGUUAAUGGAGAUAGCGGUCCUGCAAAGCCCAGCACCAGAUCUAUUGGUGUGUUGAGUGACGAUCUAACUGGACCGGUGAGUUUAAACAUGGAGGUCACUCCGGUUGACCCAGAAGUGACCCUAGAUCCAAGCCCCACCAAAUCUAAUGGCGGUGGCGUCCGUUCUCCGAUCACCACGGAUGAAUCUCUGAUCCAGCAGCUGGAGAAAAAGCUUCUGGAGCGCGAGUCAGAGCUGGCGGAGCUGCAGUCGUGUUUUGAGGAGAAGGAGUCAGACACCUGCCAGCUUUUUGAAGAGAAACAGCGCUACUGUGCGGAGGAGAUGGCUGGCCUGAAACAGCGCUGCUCCACCAAACUCCGACAGGUAUCUCAGCGUGCUUUGCGGGCGCAGCAGCUCCUCCAGCUGCAGGUGAUUCAGCUCCAGCAGGAUAAGGAGCGCUUGCAGGAGGAAGUGUACCAGCUAACUCAGGAAAGAGAGGCAGCCGAAAACCAGCUGAGGAGCUACAGGAGCCAGCAGACGCAAUUAGCACCAACACUGGAGGAGACGCAGUGGGAGGUGUGUCAGAAGACAGGUGAGAUCUCUCUGCUGAAGCAGCAGCUGAAGGACACUCAGGCUGACGUGGUGACUAAGCUGAGUGAGAUAGUGAGUCUGAAGGCCUCUCUGAGAGAUGCGGGGAGCAGGCUGGAGGAGCUGGAGCAGAAGAACCGGGACUGUGAGGAGGCUCUGCACACACGCAGCACCGAGCUGGAGGUGUGUCAGAACGAGCUGCAGAGGAAGAAGAACGAGGCCGACCUGCUGAGAGAGAAGGUGGGCAGGCUGGAGACGGACAUUAAGGGCAUGAAGCAGGAGCUGGCCGUGGCUAAAGAAGAGCAGGUCCAGCUACUGAGCCUGAGGGCUAAACUGGAGGAGCAGCGGCUGCAGCUACAGAUCCGGCAGGCCAAGAUGGAGGUGUUCGGAGCGAAGGAAAGGUCAGGAGAGGUCAGGGAGAGGUCCAUAGACAUGGACGCCCUCCAGAAGGAGGUGGAGAGGCUGAGAGGACAGCUGAGGGAGGAGAAGGAGAAGAAAAGCAAGCUGGUGAGCAGCUUCCAGCAGGAGAGACACACGUGGAACAAGGAGAAGGACAAAGUGAUCCGGUACCAGAAGCAGCUGCAGUAUAACUACCUGCAGAUGCACAGGAAGAACCAGGACUUGGAGAAAAUCCUCAGAGAACUGACCGCCGAGAUGGACAGCAGGACAGAACUGGACGUGGACGCCCACAGUCCGGAGCUACGCUGCAAUGAAAUCGUAGCCACUCAAAUAUGAGGGAUUUCACGCAAGCGGCUAACUAAGCUAAAUGAGCGCAAGAGUCAGAGGACAAUGCUGGACUGCCUGUCAAAAGUUUGGGGACACCUGGUUUUACAGAAGUGUUUUCUUUCCUCAGUUUACAAUAAUUUUCCCUAUGUAACAAAAUCACACGUUUAAAGGGGAAUUUCACCAAUUUUGAACAACUUUGAGAUGUAAACACAGUCAUUCAGAGUGCUUUGGUGUGGAGUAGGUCAUUAUCAGUGGUGGACGAA